AUGGGCGGGGCAAUUUGCACUGUAGAGACAGAGGUCAGAAAGAGCAUGGUGGUGACACCAAGCCUGAAGAUGAACGAGCUGAAACAGCCGCAGAGUGAGGCCUACAUCUCAAACGAUGAGUGGCAGGAGACCCCAGGUCUGCCAGAGGUCCCACAGGAUCCUGAUCCGGUGCAGGAAGCCUCUUUUGCAGUGACGGUGAAAGCAGCGAAGACAGAGGCUUCCGGUGUGACGCACCCUGCCUUACUGGGCCGCACCCGGGAGGAUACGGUGGGCACUAAACUCUCGAUCCAAUCUUCGGAGUACAUGGGCCCAAUUGAGAGUAGCAGCUCGAGCAUGUGA